GUCGACCACCACGUUCGUCCGUCUAGCCUGUCUUGAUAUAUAUACCUCUGAAUAUCGGCCGGGUCGCUCUCAGCUUAGACUAUAGCCGCCUCUUCUGCUGACCUGCGUGGUUCGAGCAAAGUCUACCCCCGGCUGCAGCAAAGUCUUAUCUGCAGCCAGUGUACCGUUCGUGCUCUCUGCGCCAGAGCACGACAACGCAAGACAACGAUCCAGCGAAGGAGUCGCCGCGGAACUCCUUCCAGGUCGUCGUCGACCCGCCCAACCCUGUAUGAGCCUUCUCCAUGCGUACUUUCAUCUUCGAGACCAGCAGGCCUUCCGGCGUCUGCUCGAUGGCGGCAGCACGCGCGGCGGGGGCGCGGGACAGGCCUCCUCCAGCCCGAGCGGUGGGCGGUCCUGGAAUACCAGGGGUGGAACGCUGAAGGACAUCAUGGCGGCGGAGGUGAACGCGCGCGACUCGCUCGGCAGGACGGUGCUGCACCUUGCGUGCGCGUCCCAGGAGGCGUCGGCCCCGGAAUACGUGCGGAUGCUGCUUGCCCAUCCCGCGAUCAACGUGAACUUGCAGGAUACGGAGAGCCAUUGGACGGCUUUGCAUAGGGCACUGUAUCACGGCAAUUUGGCUUCAGCUAUCUUACUCCUGCAGCGGGCAGACACAGAUACGUCACUCAAGGACUUGGAAGGAUACACGGCCUUCGACUUGUACAACUCUACCCUCGAAGACACGAAGCCGGUGCUAUCGGAGGGUAGCACGCUGGAGCUUUUGACUUGGGGGGCGAACAGGAACGCUACCUUAGGCCUCGGAGACAGCAAUGACAGGACCUACCCCGAGCAAGUCAUCAUCCGCCGCGCAGACGACCAGGAGAAAUCCACGGAUCCCGGUCUCUCCACGAUCCACGUCCGCCAGGUGCAAAUGUCGCGCCUGCACACCGUCGUCGUGACCGACGAGCCGCGGAACAACCUGCGCGUGUGCGGGUUCGGGAGCGGCGGGCGCCUCGGACCGGGCCAGCACACGCAGUACCACCUCACGACGAUCCCGCACUUCAACCACACGAUCGUCGCCGUCGCGCUCGGCCAGGACCACACACUCGCGCUGACAGCGGCAGGCGAGGUGCUGAGCUGGGGCCUGAACCGCUUCGCGCAGCUCGGGUACGUGAUCGAGCAGCCCGCGUCGGUGACGGGGAAGCUCGAGGAGCCGAUCCAGGCAAGCCCGCGCAAGAUCCUGGGCCCGCUACGUAAGGAGACCGUGCGCGGCGUCGCGGCGUGCAAGACCGCGAGUGCAUGCUGGACGGACACGGAGGUGUUCACUUGGGGCACGAAUAGCGGGCAGCUUGGCUACUCGAGCUCGGCACAUCCCACACAGGUAUUACCCCGCAUCGUGCCGAAGUUCACUGACCCCGUCGAAGCUAUGGCUCUUACCGACAAUGCGAUGGCAUGCUUGCUGUCGACGAAGGAUGUCGUCUGUUUGUUCAAUGACCGUAAUAUCAAAGUCACGUUCUCCAACCAGAACUUCCCUCCCGAGUUCAAGUAUCGCCCUCCGCAGACGAACGCAAAGAUCACAAAGAUAGUAGCAUCGUGGGAGGGCACGUUUGCGGCAUUGUCGACGAAUGGGGAAGUAUUCACAUUCACUGUUCCUGCCCCUAACGAGGCCGUCGACUCGCCGCCGGGCAAGGGAGGUGUCGUGAAGCCACAGCGAGUUUGGGCGCUGAGGAAACAGUUCAGUUCGGUCAAGGACGUCGCGCUAGGCUCUGAUGGUUCUAUUAUCAUUUGCACGGAGUCGGGGCAUGUCUUCGUCCGCUCUCGGAAUCUGAAGAGCGGACAGGGCAACGCGAAGGCGUUCAAAUUUCAGCGGAUACCGUACUUGCAGCGUGUGGUCAGAGUAGCGGCUAACAGCACUGGGGCGUUCGGUGCUCUACGUCUGGAUUGCGUCCCGAAGCCCGUCGUCAUCACUGGCAAUAGCCUGGCGCAAGACCUUGCCCAGAUUCAGCCAUAUUUGCGUUUCCCGGAUGAAGCCAGUGAGAAGGACGUGGAUGUGCGGUCUCCUGCGUAUGGCCUGGGUAGUCCGGAUCCCGACGAAGGCGAUGACUUCCCCAUACUCAAGGAUAUCAGAGAUAUCAAGCGGCUAUGUCGUUUACUGGCACUCGACAGGAGGAUUCAGAAACAGUCGGACGGACGAGGCCUGUUUGCGGACGCGCAUGUUGUUCAUGGCGCCGACUUGAUGGUGCAGGUACACAAGUUCGAAAUUCCCGUCCAUGCUGUGAUCCUGGCCGCUCGAGCUUCGCAGCUUGCCCCGGUCAUCGAUGGUAAGACCAGCGUCCAGGAUAAGGCUUCAAAUAUCAGUAUCAAGGUCUCUGUAACCAAGGCGGGCAAGAAGCUCAAUAUCGCAGGGUGUCAACCGAUGUCUGUCCUUGUGUUGGUAUCCUACCUGUACUCGGACGAACUGUAUGCCCUUUGGGACGGCCGUGUGGCUCAUUCCCUGAAACGGGAGUUCGCCUCGCUCAACCUUGCCCCUCAGCAGAUCAAGCAAGAGCUGCAAGCUCUUGCGCGGAUCUUAGAGUUGUCCUCGUUGUCCCAAGCGCUGGAGGCACCCUCCAAGCGAGCACCCGUGCCCACAAUAGAGCGUGAUAUGCAGCGACUAUAUGAGACUGCAAAUGUCACCCCUGCGUCCGCGGUGAAGGCGGACGUCGUCCUGAUCCUUGCUGACAAAGAGGUUUAUUGCCACUCUGCUCUGCUGCGUGCAAGGUCACCCUUCUUCGCGAGUUUCUUCGACGAAGACGACUGGACGCGCAACCGGUGGAGAAAAGAUGGCACGAUUGUAAUUCUUAUGAAGCACCUCACAUGGCGCGUCAUGCAAUACGUGAUGCGCUUCAUGUGUUGCGGGUCUGAUAGUAUUCUCAAUGACAUAGAUUCCAUCAACUCCGUAGACGAAUUACUAGAGUUUGUUUUCGAGGUAAUGGCCGCGGCAAGCGAGCUCCUACUUGACCGCCUGCUCUUAAUAUGCUCGUCCAUAAUUCUGCGACACAUCAACAUCAACAAUGCGUGCUAUGUCUUCACGGAUGCUCACCACUUCAAUGCGCAAUCGCUUGUGCAAAGUGUCCAGGGAUAUAUGGCAGUCACGCUGGAAACCCUCCUAGAGAGUCGCAUGCUGGACGAUCUUAGACCCGACCUCAUCAAGCAACUGUCGAAGUUCGUGCGUGAUGAGCAGCUCAGGAAGUCACCCUUCACUCGGUCGGACCUUUUAGUCUCGGCCGCCAUGGAGAAGAACGCAGAGUGGCUAGCGUUGCAAGAUUUCCCUUACCCUAUCAUCCGCUUGACUAAGGGACCAAUAAGGGAAUCCGCCAAGUUGUCACCUCCUGGGCCUACUCGGAUGUCGCGGCAGACUUCUGGUUCCGAGUCCCCGCUGUUGCGGCCCUCCCUUCCCUCCACGUCUUCAUUACGACCGUCCAAGUUAUCGAUGGGACCGGACGAGAUCUUCAUGAUGGACGAUCCGGAGGCAGAUGUCCCUGCGGAGCUCGUCUCACCGUCUGCUUUACCGGAAGACCUAGCAGCUGUCAUCGGUGAAGAUUCCCCUCCCGCUCGACCACCUGCAGGGUGGAAGUCGCUCUCUUCCGGACCUCGGCUUGACAUGAGAUCCAUCAUGGCUGAAGCCGAAAGUUCGAAGGCUUCGGCGUCUAAGCCUGCUGCUGCGACUCCUAAAUGGACGCCAAAGAAGUCCAUGGGCGACAGUUUGGAGCGAGCUCCUACGCCCAAGACACCCACGCGGACUCCGUCUGGUUCCCCUUGGAAGCCUGUACAUACUCCGGCGGCUACGCCACUAUCGUCCACAGCCUCGCCCGCGUCAGGGCUGACUCUAGCAAGGGAAAACGCUCCUCGCCCUCCAAGCACGCGUACCCAGGUACUGCCGCCUGCUUCACAAGGUCCGCAGUCAUCACUGGGUCCUGUAUAUACGCCGUCUCGGAUGCCAACCUCCAGGGAGUCGAAGAGUACUCCACGACGCGCUUCCGGUACGCCAGCCUGGUCUGCACCUCCUGUGGAACGUGUCGUACACCCUGAUCCCACGCCUUCCGUGCUUUCUUUCGCGGCCAUUCAGCAGAUGCAGCUGGACCAAAGUGUGGUAACUGGCAAAGCGAAGCAGACACUACGUGAUAUACAGGAAGAGGAACGGUCGCGACAACAAGAAGAGGACUUCUUGAAGUGGUGGGCAGCUGAGGAAGAACGCGUCAAGCUCGAGAUGCAGGGUCUCUCGUCUGCUCUGGGCCCUGAUCGUAAGAAGUCCAAGCCGCGAAAGCCUAAACCGAAGACCAAAGGAGCGGAGCAGCCUAAUUCGUCGGCAGCGGGGCCUGAAGGCAAUCCUCGUAAGGACAGACGCCCCAAAGGCAAUCGCGGUGGUACGAAGUACGAUUCUCCAGACACCACCCUACCACAGCGUGAAUCCUCCAAGGACAAUUUACAUUAA